CUACGAUGCUUCACGCUUCAAGUCAGUGUCCAGUAAGGGUCUGGGGAAGACCCCCGGUGACAUGCAGCAGUAUGUGUUCAUCUACAGGACGCGCUCCUUCAACCUGACGGGUCAGCAUCAGUACGAGGGCCGGCCCUUCCUCAGACCGCCGUUCGUCGUGCGCUUUCAGUCCAGCAAAGCUCACAUCAAGGAGUUCAUCCUGGUCCCGCUGCACAGCGACCAGGAUCAGGCCGUGCAGGAGAUCGACUGGCUCUACGACGUCUUUGAGGACGUCAGCGUCAGGUGGAACAACACG